CCCAGGGUCCUGGCAAAAUAAACGGCCACUGGGUCCCAAGUGUCCCAGCCGGGCGGCUAGCCCCGCACCCGCCAUCCCAUGCAUGGCCCGGGCGACAUUCGACAUGAACGCGGCGGGGCUCGAAGCUCGCGGCGGGGUCCACAUAGAGCACGGACCACUCCCCUUCAGCGUCGAGUCACUGUUGGAGGCUGAGAGCGUACGGGGCUCCGAAUCUGGGGAGCUGGGGGAGGAGAGGCCUCCCGGCGCCUCGAAGCCUGGAGCCUGGCCCCCACCGGUCGUGCACUCAUGCCCCCCACGUAAGUGCUCAGUCUCCGGGUCCCAGGCCCUGAAAACCGACUGUGCUGUCAAGGCUCGAAAGUCCAAGGUGCCCCCAGCCCUCCACCCUGCACCCUCCGCAAACACAAAACCAAUCGCAAACCACGGACGCCCUUCACCACCGCGCAGCUGCUGGCGCUUGAGCACAAGUUUCACCAGAAGCAAUACUUGUCCAUUGCGGAGCGCGCCGAGUUCUCCAGCAGCUUGAGCCUCACUGAGACUCAAGUCAAGAUCUGGUUUCAGAACCGCCGAGCCAAGGCCAAGCGGCUGCAGGAGGCUGAGAUGGAGAAGCUGAAGCUGGCAGCCAAGCCACUACUGCCGGCGUUUGCCCUCCCCUUCCCACUGGGCACCCAGCUGCACAGCUCCGCGGCUACUUUCGGCGGCAACGCGGUUCCUGGGAUCCUCGCUGGGCCGGUCGCGGCUUAUGGCAUGUACUACUUGUCUUAGACCGUGGAACCAAGUCCUAACCCCUUGGUUAGGCUCAGGGCUGCGCCACAGGUCCGCCCGCCGCUGAUGCUCCUGGUAACUUCUGACCUUUCAUUUUAGUUUUUUGUUUUUUGGGUUUUUUUCCCUGUUUAUACGAUGUUAUACUUGAUGACUGGAGCCUAUUUAUAGACAUCUUACAAAUAUUUUAAACCUUCCUAAAACCAUGUCCACACCAAUCUGUUUUCUGAAAGAAAACACAACUUCAUACAGUUCUUGAAACGGACAAAAACAGAUCUUCCUAUUUCGUACAAAGCAGUCGACAGAGUACUUCUGGGUUGGGUGUGCUCCCUGUAUUCACGCUGCCCCUACACCGAGGACUUCAGAGAGGCUCGAUUGAGCUGGCAUAAGAAAACAAAUUCCCUAAGAAGAAGUUAAAAUAAAAAUGAGAUAAUCGGACCGCUAGGAAGACACUUAGAACUUACUGUCUCUCCAACUAAAUGUAUGUUGUGACCAAACGGAAACUUUUACACGUUUUAGGUUUUACCCCUAUUAUUACUUUUUAGAGUAUAUGUCGUUCAAGGAGCUAGAGGCAAAUGCUGAAUGGACAUGGGAGUAGGGGAGGUGAUAUACUGCUGGCGACACGCCCCAAAGUAAGGGUGGCUGCCAGGCAACUUCUUCUGAGCUUCGAAAAGAGCCUGCUGGGGAGGCCUGAGGGCUAAAGGCAGCAGGGACCAAACUCUAGCCUCUUGCCAGCAGGUGGUCAAUCAAUAUAGAAAAGAACGUGAAGUUUGAGUGCCUCAGACCUCUGUUGUUGGUGCAGUAGGAGGUGAGGCCUGCGGAAGGUCCCAAAAGAGUUACUGUGAGUGCCAGCUGCCCCUGUAAUCCUUAGAAAUUAUGGGCCUUAGAAAAAUGGUGGACUUGUUUAGGUAUCCGGACUUGUACCUUUAUUCUACCUUUAUUUGAGGAAAGAAAACAGACUAUCUGAGCUAUUCUGUCCCGUUGCCCCUGAUGGAUUCUCAAUCCUAUUAUGCAAGAUUGAGGACCUUUGGGUACCUGACAAUGGGCACUGAUAAAACCUGUGGCUGUUUCCACAGUAAGCUUUUGCUACAAUCUGGAGACUUUAGUUGGGAUGUGUUGAGGGUUCACAAAGGUCUCCUGGAGUCACAGCCCAGUACCAUUGACAAGCCCCUUCUUCCAGCUUUCAAGCUGGAAAGAAAGAAUCUGGUUGUAGAGGUCUGCUGGUUGUGUGUUCACAAGGACCAGGAAUUUCACAUUGAUGGAUGGUCCUGGGUUAGGAUGUUCUGGUUGGGAAGAGGGGAAAGACUGGGCUAUGCUAAGCAGCCCAGGCCAACUCCAGGAAAACUGCUGUCCCAUGACCUUCACUGGUCCAUCUGCUCUGAAUAAAGCAGAAAAGAGAAUAUUGCAUGGAAUUGCCUAUUGAUAUGACUCUCCUGCCCUAUGUCUCUCGGAAAAAUGGAAACUAGAUAGGUUUUGUUUUGAGACAAAAAUACUACAUAGCACUAACUGACCCAGGACUUGCUAUUCUACAAGGAUGGCCUUAGACUCAAAAAGGUUCACUUGCCUUUGUCUCCCAAGUGCUGGAGUAUAGUAAAGACAUACUACAAUGC